CACACAGCAGAUGUUGCCACCCAACACUUUCCCGCCAGAGUGACGUCAUUCUGGACAUCUCUAUUGACGAAAACUGGAAUGGUUCGUCCAUUGAUCGCGUGGUGUCGCUAAAGGUAAGUGAGUCCGAAUAGCACGCUGUUUUAUACCCUCGCCAUAGAAGAUGAGGCACCUUCUUACGGAGCUCGUGAUCUGCGUGGCUGAAUAGCGUGAUCCACGCCAUAUUAUCACAGUAUACUUUGAUAUUAUGCUCUCCAAAGAGUAUAUACUAUGAUACUCUCGUGCUUAUUCCCAGAGUAAACGCGCUGUUUACUCCCAGCAAGUUGGUGGUGGCUUCUUCCGAAGCUUCCGAAGGUUGUCCGUGCUCGGGUUGAUUAUUCAUUAUUCGUUGUAGUCCAUAGUUGAAGAUGUCAAAGAAAUGUAAAAUUGUAAUUCAUAUUAUGAAGUAAUUUGUUGUUCAAAUAUUUCAUCGUUUAUUCAUCGAGUGAAUUGUUAAGCCAACAUGGAUUUUCAAAACAGACCUGGAGGAAAAACAGGUGGAGGAGGGCAGGCAUCAUGGUCAGAAAGCAAUAGAGAUCGCAGAGAACGUCUUCGUCAAUUGGCUUUGGAAACAAUUGACCUUAACAAAGAUCCCUAUUUUAUGAAAAAUCAUCUUGGUUCUUAUGAAUGUAAGCUUUGUUUGACUCUUCACAAUAAUGAGGGAAGUUAUCUGGCUCACACUCAAGGAAAAAAACAUCAAGCAAAUCUGGCUCGAAGAGCUGCCAAAGAAGCAAAAGAAUCGCCUCAACAGCCUGCACCAGAAAAGCCACGUGUAGAACCCAAAAAAUUUGUGAAAAUUGGAAGGCCUGGUUACAGAGUGACUAAGCAACGAGAUCCUGAUAACGGGCAGCAAAGUCUGCUUUUUCAGAUUGAUUAUCCAGAAAUUGCUGAAGGUAUUUUACCUCGUCAUCGAUUUAUGUCAGCCUAUGAACAAAAAGUUGAACCUCCUGACAGGAAAUGGCAGUAUUUGCUUUUUGCUGCAGAACCCUAUGAGACAAUUGCAUUCAAGGUUCCAAGUCGUGAAGUGGAGAAAACAGAAGGCAAAUUUUGGACACACUGGAAUAAAGACACCAAACAGUUUUUCUUGCAGUUUGCAUUCAAAAAUGAUCCCAAGAUCAUUCAAGCUCCUGUGAAACCACCACCUCCACCUACGCCUCCUCUGCGACCUCCAGGACCUCCUCCAAAUUUACCCCCUCCUCCGAUGCCGCCUCCUUCCAUGCUUCAUCCCCCCCCUCCGCCAAAGCCACUGGUUCCUCCUGGUGUGCCUCCCCCACCCCCAAUGUUCAAUCCAGUCCCUCCAAGUGGCCGUUCUAUGCCUAUUCCCCCCCUCCACCCAAAAGCUGUCAUAAGUGCAUGGUUUAAUUAAUAUUAAAAAUGAAGUGAGAUUGAUAGUUUGCCUUAUUGAGUUAUAAUUGUCAAUGGAAAGUGUAAUGUCGUAACAAUAAAAU